ACCUGGGCCGCGACAGCGUCCUGCUCGACUCACGAUCGAGCCCAUGCCUACCUAAGGUACGUAGCAGAUGCAAGAAUGCUUGAUGUUAUACAAUGAGGUCCAGCGCGAAGCACGGCACGGCCUCGUUCGUCUUAGUCUCGACUCUCAGUGCUGUUGUCCUCGCAUGGUCAGGGGUUCGACGACUUCAAACCAUCAUGCCGCUUGGCCCGCGACCCAGAUGCCACAUAAGAAUGGUUUCUCCUUUGCCAUCCGACCUGCAAUGCCACCAUGAUUGAGCUUUCUUGUGUCCAGCAGACCUGAGGCGGCACUCAGCUCGACUCACAAUAUGGGAGCCGCACCUUCCAUCCCCACGGACUCAUCCCGCACCGUCCAGGUCAUCGGCGCCGGCUUCUCCAGGACCGGCACCGUGUCCAUGCAGAUGGCCCUCGAGAUCCUCCUCAAGGGUCCCGUCCUCCAUGGUGGCACGCAGUUCAUCACUCGUGAAGAUGCAUACUGCAAGACUUGGCUCUCUGCCUACCACGCCGGGGAAGCCUGCGACCAGGACGCGGUCCUAAAGCACCUGCUCGAGCUGUACCCGGACGCCAAGGUCGUCCUCGUCAAGCGCGACCCGGUGUCCUGGUGGCGCAGUGCCGACGAGCUCCGCGGCCAGAUCGCCCUCUGGUGGCUCCGGCUCGUCAUGUGGCCGGUGCCCGGUUGGCGGUGGCUGCCGUAUCUCAUGGACGAGUUUGCAGCGGGCAUGAAUGAGCUCAAGAGGCGGCCGCGGGGAGACGGGACCGGGCUGUUGACGGUGGAGGAGGCUGCGCUGGGGCCGCACGCCCUGGAGAACUACUACCACCGCGUCCGCGCCUCCGUGCCAAAGGACCAGCUCCUCGAGAUGGAGCUCGGCGACGGCUGGGAGCCGCUGUGCACAUUCCUCGGCGCGCCCGUGCCCAACCAGCCCUUCCCGCGAGCCAAUGACGCCGCGGCCUCGGCGGAGACGGCCAAGUCCGUCCUGGCGCUCGUCGCGCAGGUCUGGGUCGGGAUACUUGGUGCACUGGGGGGGUUGGUGUAUUUAGGGACACGAGUGUGGCAUGGGCGGCACUUUUGA